AUGGAGAUUAAGAAUGAAUGUAAGCAAAAAGAGGAGAAAAAAAAGUUUGUACAACGUAGUUUAGCUGAUAUCCAGAGAGCUAAGCUCAAUAAAUUAAUGGAGAAUCCGGACAAGCCAGUGAUUAUACCUGAAAAAGAUAAGCGAGAUAAGGAAUAUGUACCACCAAGUUUCAUUAGAAAUGUCAUGGGAAGUUCUGCGGGUGCUGGAUCAGGUGAAUUUCAUGUUUAUCGACAUUUGAGACGGAAAGAGUAUGCAAGACAGAAACAUAUGAAGCUCCUCAGUGACAAGGAGAUACUUGAUAUUGAAUUUCAAGAUAAAUUAGAGGAAAAUCAACGAAUUGCUGAUGAAAAGACAAACAAAAAACGAGAAAAAAGACAAAAGAAGAAAUCAAAGCAAAAAGGUAAGGCAAAGAAACCUAAAAUUGAGGAACAAAAGAGCGAAUCUGAAGAUGAAGAAUUGUCUGGAAAUGAUAAGGAAGGUUCAAAUGACGACGAAAAUUCACAAGGAAGCAAUUUGAGCACUAAAAUUAAUCUAGCAGAAAACGAGGAAGACAGUCCACAAGUAAUUGUACCACAAAAUCCAGAAUUGAGCUCUGAACAAGAUUCAGAAAUGUCUGAAGUAAGCACAGCAGUAGUUCCACAAUCGAGCGCUGAAAAAGAUCCAGAAGAGCCUGAACCAACCAUUGAACAAGUUUCAGAAAAGCCAGAGCCGAUUAGUUUAAAUGAUCCAGCAAGUGUUGAGGAGAAAGAUACAUAGGGAAAUA